AUGGAGAUCGGCGAAAGCAUGGUCACCAAAAUCUUAAUCGAUACGGGAAGCUCGGUAAACGUUAUUUUCAAGGAUGUGCUUAUCCAAAUGGAGAUCGACCUGCGGACGUCCGAGAACGAUGUUCAACCUCUCACCGGAUUCGACGGUGACACGGUUAUAAUGGUAGGCACGAUCAUGCUACCGGUUUAUGUGGGUGGAACAAUGCACUGCAUCAACUUUACUAUCGUCGAUAAGUCGAUUGUAUACAAUGUUAUUCUCGACAUGCCUUGGCUGCACAAGAUGAAGACCGUGGCAUCGACUUACCACCAGUGUUGUACAGUAACUAAAUACGAGAUGGUCCAGAAAUAG